GCUUAUUGUUUUGGCAGUCGGGCCGCAUCGGUCGUGCCGUUUGCCAAACCGUCGUGUCCGCCUCCGUUUUCCCAGUCGGUGUCAUUCACGUUUGUCGCGUUCGACUUUUAAUAUUCGCAAUAAAUAUAUAAAAAAAAAUAAUAACACUACCCGUCGUCGUUUUCGGCACCGACGUACAGCAGGCCAGCAUAGGUGCAUAAAGUGUUUUAAAAAAAAAAAACAAUAUUAAAUUAGACGACCGUACAGUCGGCCGGAGCUGCAGCUGUUGUCGUUUGAUAACAUUAAUUGAUUACAGAAAACAAAGUCCAAGAACAGCAUGGUUGUCUCGGGAGACGAUCACGUGAUGGACGUGUUGUUGGACCGGUUAGCGCCGCUUACUACUCGAACCGCAGAAAACAUGGAAAAAAUCCGUAAAAUCGCAUGCAAGCUCAACGGACGGGUCAACAACGUCGAUAAAAAUGUUAAAGCCAAAUCGUUAAAUAUGCUUAGAAAAACCAAAUCUGAACGUUUGGUGGACAUCAUGAAGUUAUUCGAGAAAACCAAAGACAAAUCUACCUGUACGUAUCUAGCCGGCGUUAUUCAUGCGUGCGUGGCACCGAAAUCUGGUAGCAUAAGGAUGACCGUCUUAAAACAAUUGGUGAAAUUGGACGCGACGAAAAUAUUCAUGAAAUCAGUGGUGGAUUUACAUUCGAAAUCCGUCGGUUCUCAUGACACUCUUAUGAACGAACUGUUUUUCAUCCUAGGUCAAUUAUCUCAAAAAGACAGUAAAUUUUCGAAACAAGCGGAACUCUUGAACGUGGCCAAAGCGUUCCAUCAGCAUUUAAAGAAUAAUAUAAAAAACACAAAAUUGGUCACCGCGUUAAUGUUGUGCGCAAAGACAUUCACCAAAAACGAAAACAUUGUUGCUGUACUGUUGAAAGACAACUUCGUUAUGACGAUGGAAAAACUACUGCGGGAAAACCGCAAACAUCUGAAGAAAAACAAACAAUGGGUGUUUCUUGUAAUUUUGGCCAAUAUUAGUAAAAAAAUUUCUGAAGACGGCUGUGAACGUUUGGUCAGAGGAGGUCUGAUGCAAUACGCUUUGGACGUGUUCGACGUUAAACAAUAUUCGACGAACAAAACUAAUAGCAAAAUAUUUUCCUCUGCUCUGGACACGCUCGUGCACGUUUCCGCCACAAACAACGGACGGACGGCGCUGAAAAAGUCCAACCGGUGUAACAUUUUGUGUGUGUUCAUAAAUAAUUGUCCCAUCGACCGCAUUUACAAUUCUACCCUUUCCAAGCUGUGCACUGUGAUAAACGUUUGUCAGGAUAAAACGGUUUUACCACUUGCCACGAUACAGUCAUCGUAUUCGUUCGGUCUAGGAGACGUGAAGACCGGCGAUUGUGAACGAGACGAGUACGCGGGUACCGACAGCGAUGGGAGUGACAACGAGGAAAACGAUCAAACGGUCGUACAAAACUUGGCCGAACCGACGGAAAACUUUGUCGUUAGGAAAUCCGAAUCGGUCAAAUUCGAGAUCACGUUCAACUACUGGAAAGAUCCCGACGAACUCGUGGCCAUGUACGGUCGAUUAUUCGAAGAAUACAACGGCGAAACGUCAAAGACAACGACGGCACCAUUGUACAAAGUUCGCGCCGGACUAAGUGCGAAUUCUACAACCGCUCUGAUGACAUCGUUCGCUAAAUUCAAAUCGAGUAAAUACUUUAGCGGCCGAAACGACUCGAUUACUCCGGGUGACAAUGUAAAUCUGGAAAAAGAAGAAAUUCGGUUGUUGAACAACCUGCGGAAAACACAAACGCACAGAGCCGCAUACUCGUCCAUAGCCAAGAGGGUGAACAGUGUGGUGCCUUUAGUGAAGAUAGCUUAUCCCGAUUGGGUGGGAGCCGAUGAAAAUUCGCCGUUAGAGCCUUUGUACAACAGCGACGUGCACAUAUCCCGUAAUAAACUGUUGAGCUGUAUGGAGAACAUCGGCAAGAGAAAAGACUGCGGCGACUUAAUCGUGUACGAUUUGGACUACUUGUUGGCCACUUUCAACGACCCCAAACGUUUUUUGCCGUUGACCAACGAAGACGAACGAUUGAUCAACUCAAAAUCGUGUUUCGAGCACUUGCAUUUCGAGUCCCGUUUCGAAAGCGGCAACCUAAGAAAAGCCAUUCGGAUUGGCGCCAACGAAUAUGAUUUGAUUUUGAACUCGGACGUCAACUCCAAUUCCCAUAAUCAAUGGUUUUAUUUCCAAGUAUCGAAUAUGAUGGCGUUCAAACCUUUCGUGUUCAACAUUGUCAACAUGGAAAAGAACAGCUCGCAGUUCAAGAACGGUUUGCAGCCAAUAAUUUUCUCGGUGAAGAGCCACAUGGAACUCAAGCAAGGGUGGAGACGGACCGGCGUGGAUAUCAGCUAUUACAUUAACCAGUACAAGAGCGGCAGCAAGGCAAACGGUUCCUACAUGACUGCCUCGUUCACCAUACAAUUUCCCUACGACCUGGACGUGUGUUACAUUGCAUACGUGUACCCGUAUACGUAUUCUACUCUGCUGUACAAAUGUUUCAACUGGAAAAAUUCCAUCGAUCCGAAGACAACGAUUUUUCGCGCCAACAGCAUGUGCCGUUCACUGAACAACAACGAUGUGCCAGUACUUACUAUUACCUCUGUCGAAAACGAAUACAAUAAAAUUCAAAACCGACCAAUCGUGUACUUGACUUCUCGCGUACAUCCCGGCGAAACGAGUUCGUCUUGGGUGAUAGACGGUGCAAUAGAGUUCUUGUGCAGCGAUUCGAUCACAGCGAAGAAAGCCAAAGACACUUAUGUGUUCAAAAUCGUACCCAUGUUGAACGUGGAAGGCGUCAUCAACGGCUGCCACCGUUGCGGUUUGACCAACGAAGACUUGAACAGAAAAUGGAACGCCCCGGACCCGAAAUUGCAUCCAGAAAUUUUUCACGCCCGGGGAAUUCUAGAAUACAUGGCACAAAUAAUGAAAACUGCUCCGCAUGUGUAUUGUGAUUUCCAUGGCCAUUCGAGUCGGAAAAACUGUUUCUUUUACGGGUGUUCGUCAAAGAAGAGUUGGUCAAGGAUGGAUUUGGCCAAGUAUGAAAACGAAACGGAUUUCAUGGUACUGCCGAUUCUAAUGCAAAACUGUGGGCCGUCGUUUUCGUUAUCUCAGUGCAAAUACAAAGUGGAAAGGAACCGCGAGACCACCGCAAGGAUAACGGUCUGGAGGUGUUACGGGGUUAAGCGAAGCUACACCUUGGAAACCAGUUACUGUGGCUGUGACGAAGGGCUGUACAAGGGGUUUCAUUUGGGCAUCAGGCAAUUGAAAGAAAUCGGAUCGACAUUUUGUAUGGCCCUGUCGUCGCUCGACGAGGAAACGAAAAAGAGGGAGAACAUGCCGUCUAAUAUUCGACUGACGUCCAUCGCGACUAGUUGCAGUACGAAAUCGAUGGACUUUAUCGAGGAAGAAAACGUCUCGGACUCGGACUGAGAAGACUGGCUUGUACCAGAGUGCCUUAGUUUUUAAGGAUCAAACUAGAAAUGAUAUUAUACCUAAUAUAGUUAUUAUUUUAGACCGUACUCGAUAACGGUAAUAAUACUAUGCCACCUUUGUGUAUUAUAACAGUAUAUUAUCGCAUGGCCUCGUGUGUUCAGCGUGCCGAUAAUAUCAAAAUACAAUAUUAUUAUAUUUUUUAUAGUUUACUCUCGCCACGCCUCGGGUGGUUUUGUCAUACCGGCAAACAUACUCCAGCCAUCGAGGUCUGCCUAACCGUUGAAAAACACGGCGUUUAAUUUUUAAUAAUUAAAACCAAAUUCAAACGUACUUCAAAAGACCGUAUCGUGUCAAUAA